CUGAUACGCCACAAUGCAGAUUUUCGUAAAGACACUCACCGGUAAGACCAUCACCCUCGAGGUCGAGCCGUCUGAUACUAUCGAGAAUGUCAAGGCUAAGAUCCAAGACAGAGGAAUUCCUCCAGAUCAGCAACGUCUGAUCUUCGCCGGUAAGCAGCUGGAAGAUGGCCGCACCCUGUCCGACUACAAUAUCCAGAAGGAAUCCACGUUACACUUGGUGUUGCGCCUUCGUGGUGGUGCCAAGAAACGCAAGAAGAAGAAUUACUCCACCCCCAAGAAGAUCAAGCACAAGAAGAAGAAGGUCAAGCUUGCAGUGCUUAAAUAUUAUAAAGUUGAUGAGAAUGGCAAGAUCCACCGAUUGAGGAGGGAAUGCCCCGGCAAGCAGUGUGGCGCUGGCGUGUUCAUGGCUGCAAUGGAGGACCGUCACUACUGCGGCAAGUGCGGUUACACCUUAGUUUUCUCCAAGCCCGAGGAUAAAUAAGUGAGGAAUAUGUUAUUGUAUAAAAACAUAAGAAAAUAAACACUUGAGAUAAAUAAAUUGUUUCAAGGUUUGAGGAA